AUGACUUCACAAUAUGAUGGGCAGCCAGAAGAAAAGGUUAAAUCUUUUGAGGCAUCUUAUACUUUUGACAAAGAAGUACGAAAAAAAGAAGGAAAAGUGAGAUUGCUUAUAUUAAUUUUUAUCGCAUUGUUGACUUCUACAUAUGGAGCUUGGAAUAUUUGGAGAAUGAUCGAAGCAGUUAGAAGUCCCGUGGUCUCCAUAAAGUCUACUUUACGAUCAUAUAUACCUGUACCAGGUAUUGCGAUCUGCGGGAAUACACUUGAUCGACGACCUUUGUGCUAUCAGAGUGCAUUCAAUGCUGCAGAUGAUAAUUAUCAACUUGGUGCAAGUUGUGACGCAUAUUUUACAAGUCAUAGAAUGGAUGCAACGUCCUUUGUCAAUAUGAGAGGAUUCGAUAAUCUUACCGGGCAAUAUUGUUAUAUACUCAAUCCUUCACAAGUGGUUAACGGAUCAUAUGGGGCAAAUCCACUAGUUUUUGACAAUUCCACACAAAAAAUUGCUCUCGCAUUAUGGUCAAACGAAGCCGCUAAUAAUACGCUAGGCUCUAUUACACAAGAUCGAUGGUUCUUUUUCGGCACCUUUACAGAGAACGAAGAUCCCACCAAAACAAAAUUCCAAAUUGUCAAAAUGCCAUCUAUAUCUUAUAUUUAUUUUGAGCGGAUAGAACAUUUCAGUGCGAUGAAAUCAGAUGCAAUAGUUGGAACCGGUGGAAGUAGUGGAAUUACCGAACCACGUCCUGGCGCUAAAAUCGUUUAUGAUACAAGUUUUACCAGCUUCGCUAUUGAAGGAUUUGGAAUCGAUUCUCAUCUUUGGGAGCUUCUUAGAAUUAUCCCCUUAAAUUACGUCACAGAUCCAAAAACGAAUGCCCAACGAUACCCCGUACAACUUUGGCUUGAUAGGAUUGAAUUUUCUCUUCUCCAAUUGGCUGCCAAUAUGGGAGGUUUCGUGAGCAUUUUAAGUGCAGGAUAUUUUAUUUUGUUCGGUUCGCAAAGAGUUAAUCCAUGGGGUGUCAUUCAACGUUACAUUCUUAAAAGCGUUCCACCUCCGCCCGCCAUGUAUACGCCAUCCGUGGUCUCAUACUCGGAUGCUAAAAUGAAACCCCAUGAUAUUGAAACUGGUAGUACAUCAUAUUCAGUACAUCGAACCGGUUCGGUAGCUGACUCUCCUAAGUCAGCGGAUACAUAUCCACAAUCACCUGAGCACCAACUCCACAAAGAAUAUCUGCAACGAUAUUCCCUAGGCUCAUUUACUGCUGAAAUGGAUGAUCCUAAAAUACAGAGAAUAAGACAUGAAUUACGUGCUGAAGUGCAACGAACCAUUGCCAACGAACUUGCCAAAUUAAGAUUAUUCUUGAGUAAAUACUAUCUUAAAGACAUGGUAAAAACAGAAUAG